GGCUCGCCGAGCGCUUCCGCCGCGCCCGCGCCGGCCGGCCUCGGGGAGGGGCAGGCCCGCCGACCGCGCGCCCCGCCUGCCGGCUCCCCGGGGCGCCAUGGCCUCGGAAGGCCUGGCAGGGGCGCUGGCGGCCGUGCUCGCGGGCCGGGGCCUGCGCGUGCAGGGCUGCGACUCGGGGCCGGCCGGGGAGCCGCUGGCGCCCGCGCGGCUGCGGAAGAACGUCUGCUACGUGGUGCUGGCCGUGUUCCUCAACGAGCAGGAUGAGGUGCUACUGAUCCAGGAGGCCAAGAAAGAGUGCCGUGGGUCGUGGUACCUCCCCGCAGGGAGAAUGGAGCCAGGGGAGACCAUCGUGGAGGCGCUGCAGCGGGAGGUGAAGGAGGAGGCGGGGCUGCAGUGUGAGCCUCUCACAUUGCUGACCGUGGAGGAGCGGGGCCCCUCCUGGAUCCGAUUUGUCUUCCUUGCUCGCUGCACAGGUGGAAUUCUCAAGACUUCUGAGGAGGCAGAUGCAGAGUCCCUGCAGGCUGGCUGGUACCCACGAACCUCCCUGCCCACCCCGCUGCGCGCCCAUGACAUUCUGCACCUGGUAGAGCUAGCUGCCCAGCAUCGCCAGCGAGCCAGGCACCCUCUCAUCCUGCCCCAGGAGCUUCCCUGCAGUCUGGUCUGCCAGCGGCUCGUGGCCACCUUUACUAGUGUCCAGACAGUGUGGGUAUUGGUGGGCACAGUGGGGAUGCCUCACUUGCCCAUCACUGCCUGUGGCUUCACCCCUGUGGAGCAGAGAGCUAGCAUCAAGAUGGCUGUCCUGCGGCUGCUGCAGGAAUGUCUGACCCUGCAGCACUUGGCAGUGGAGACCAAGGGGUUGCUUGGACUGCAACACCUGGGCAAAAACCAUACGGAUGGUGUCUGCCUGGAUGUGCUGGUGACGGUGGCUUUUCGGAAUCCAGGCAUCCAAAAUGAGCCCCCCAAGGUGCGGGGCGAGAGCUUCUUUUGGUGGAAGGUGACGGAGGAAGACCUACAAAGCCAGCUCUUACAGAGGCUUCAGGAAUCAUCUGUGGUGCCGGUCAACAUAUAGGAAGGUGCCAUCAGUGGGCACGGAGCUGGGCAUCUGUGCUCCCCUCCACCGUGGCUUUGCCUCCUCGGAGGGAGGCAGGAGGUUGGCAGUCAGAGAUCUUGUUACAUUGGGAGCAGGGUGGUUCUCCUGGCUCUCAGGGGGACUUCCCUCUCUCCUCACUGUGGAGCACGUCCCUAUAUUGCACCAAAAGGGACAGUGCCUUUCACCAAGCAAGGAGUCCAGAGCUCAAGGACCCAAUUACCCUGAGGACACAGUGAGGGCACUGCUCCCUAAGGGGCAGUGAGAACUUUCUGAACCUGAGAUGGCAUUUACUCCUCAUCUCCUGGGUCUGCCUGCCUUGGUAAAGCUCUACAUCCGGAUUCACAGGCACUUAGAAUGUGGAGCAGGUGCUGGGGGAGGCCUCUCCCAGGGAGUGGGCCCCUUGCUGAGUAAAUGGGUGUUGCUUACUCUG